AUGGUGAGACAGGCGUCAACGUUUGAAGGUAUAUAUUCGACUAACAAACCAGAAUAUCCGGAUUUCGGUGGAGCAGGCGGGCCAGCAGUAGAUAUGUCUGGUGAUUCAAAAUAUGGAACAAAGAGUGGGAACAUCAUGCCCAGCUCUAACACAGAGCUGGAUAGUACUACUACUGUUGUGUCUGAUGCCAAUGCAAGUGAUCCAAGACAGUUACUGCAUGCCCACGUCUACAACUAUCUAGUCAAAAAUGGUCAUUAUGCAACUGCAAGGCAAUUCUUGAAAGAAGCAGAUCUACCGUUGGAUAAUAAGAACGCGAAUGAAAUUAUCAAUAAUAGUGUCAAUACUAAUAUAAACAAUGACAAUGAGGACCAGCAGCUGCCUCCAGGUUUAUUACCAACGAGAUUGCAAGUGGAUUCUGAGGAAACACUACUGUUCGAAUGGUGGAAUAGCCUUUGUAGACUGCAUGAUCAUGUGGAACAAACUCCAGUAGAAGAAUUACGUUCGACUCCACAGAAGGUUCCAACACCUUUCCUGCCGAGAGUUAGGCAACCAUUUACUGAGGACCAACAAGACAAUGUUGGGGCUUCAGUUUCGAAAUAG